AAUCCGCUUUGCCGUACCUUCUUCUCUUUUCCUUCCCAGCGGGCCUGAUUGCUUUUAACAUAAACCCUUACAAUAUGAUUACAAAAUCAUCACACUGACAAUCUACGACUGUCCUUCAAAAUCUAACUUUGAAAAACAAACCCUAAAACACUAAACCUCCUUCCCUCCUCAAUGGCCAGUGACGGAAAACGGAAGAAACGAGGCCGCAAAUCUAAAACCCAGACAACCCUAGACCGCAUAACUUCCACCAUAAACGAUGAGGUUUUCUCCGUUAACAAUGUCGAAAUCGUGAAUUCUACCACCCCAACCAGCGCCAAAAAACACGAAAACCGCCGCGGCCGUCCUAAGAAACGAUCCAAGCACUCACCAGAGAAGCCCGAGAAACCCCCACCAUUAAUUAAUGGAGAAAUUGGGGUUGCGCCGCCUGUGGAGGGCGUGACCAGGGUGGUUCCGGCGAUGGAUGCGGUGGUGAAAGUGUUUUGUGUGCACACGGAGCCGAAUUUAUCGCUUCCGUGGCAGAGGAAGAGGCAGUAUAGUUCCAGUAGUAGUGGUUUUGUUAUUGGUGGAAGGAGGGUUUUGACUAAUGCGCAUUCUGUGGAGCAUUAUACACAGGUUAAGCUUAAGAAGCGUGGCUCUGAUACUAAGUAUUUGGCUACUGUUCUUGCUAUUGGAACUGAAUGUGAUAUUGCCUUGCUAACAGUCAAUGAUGAUGAGUUCUGGGAAGGUGUGUCACCUGUAGAGUUUGGAGAAUUGCCUUCACUUCAAGAUGCUGUAACUGUUGUUGGUUACCCAAUUGGAGGGGACACAAUUUCUGUUACAAGUGGUGUUGUAUCUCGGAUAGAGAUCCUAUCCUACGCCCAUGGAUCCACAGAGCUUCUGGGUUUGCAAAUAGAUGCUGCUAUAAACUCAGGAAAUUCUGGUGGUCCUGCCUUUAAUGAUAAAGGUGAAUGUGUGGGCAUUGCGUUUCAGUCCCUUAAACAUGAAGAUGCUGAGAAUAUAGGGUAUGUUAUACCAACUCCGGUCAUCAAGCACUUCAUCCAAGAUUAUGAGAAGAAUGGAGCAUACACAGGAUUUCCGUUUCUUGGGAUUGAAUGGCAGAAAAUGGAAAAUCCAGAUAUGCGUGUGGCAAUGGGUAUGAAAUCUGAUCAGAAGGGUGUUCGUAUCAGAAGAAUUGACCCCACUGCUCCAGAAUCUGAAGUCUUGCAGCCAUCUGACAUCAUUCUCAGCUUUGAUGGGGUAGAUAUUGCUAAUGAUGGAACAGUUCCCUUUCGGCAUGGUGAGCGCAUUGGUUUCAGCUAUCUUAUUUCCCAAAAGUAUACUGGGGAUAAUGCUGUGAUCAAAGUUCUUCGGAAUUCUAAGACUCUAGAAUUUGACAUCAAACUCUCAACUCACAGAAGGCUAAUUCCUCCGCAUGUCAAGGGAAAACCUCCAUCCUAUUAUAUUAUUGCAGGAUUUGUAUUCACGACAGUUUCUGUUCCUUAUCUCCGUUCUGAGUAUGGCAAGGAAUAUGAAUUUGAAGCUCCUGUCAAGCUUCUGGACAAACUUUUGCAUUCAAUGCCACAAUCCCCGGAUGAGCAGAUAGUUGUGGUUUCUCAGGUGCUUGUAGCUGACAUUAAUAUUGGGUAUGAGGACAUUGUUAACACCCAGGUUGUUGCUUUCAAUGGUAAGCCAGUGAAGAAUUUGAAGAGCUUGGCCAACAUGGUUGAGAAUUUUGAUGAUGAGUUUCUGAAAUUUGAUCUGGAAUAUGACCAGAUAGUUGUUCUCCGGACAAAGACUGCCAAGGAAGCUACUGUAGAUAUUCUUACCACUCAUGGCAUACCUUCUGCAAUUUCUGAUGAUCUUAAGCCAUGAAUUUGAGUGUUUGUCUAGGCGUCAUCUAUAUACACGAGUAGUUUUAAUGCUGAUAUCUCUUGGACAGCCGAUCUCUCUCUCUCUCUCGCUCUCAUUUUUCUGGUUAGUGCGUCCACUAACCCAGCAAGUGAUUGUGAGAAGCAGCCGCUGGAUGCUCUCCUGUUCGAGGUGCCAGAUAAUAAAUUCCACAAUAAGGUGCAGAAUGAUAACUCAGUAUAUGAGUUUUGUUCUUUUUCUAUAUUUGUGCUCCUUGUUCUUAUGCAAUCUUAACAGGAAAGAAAUGCAAGAUCGCAUGGCCAGUAUCCACCCAAGAGAUGGGGAGCACAUUCUGUUGUGUUGGAUACUAGCCAUUUUCCUUUU